GAAAAAAGAAAAUUGUCAAGUUGAACUUUAAAUAUUUAGCCAAGUGAUUGAUGUAAUUGGUGGUUAGUGCAAGGUCUCAUUUUUUCCAAAGGUGCACUUAUGAUAUUGGCAUGGAAUACUGAUUAUGAAUUCCUCUUAGCAUUUGAAAGAAGCAAAACCGUAUAGCAAAUAAAGAAGGUAAGAUUGUUAUACACAACUAACUUUCAAAUUCUUUUGUCACAACCCACGUGUUGCAUGUGCCAUCACUAUUCUACUUACCAAUCUCUACAUUAAAAUAAAAUCAAAUUGUAUCCCACAUCCUACAUUAUAUAUACACACACACACACAAAAUAUGUGAUAUAUAUUGUCAUGAUCAUAAUUAAUAAUAGUUACAAAAAAAAAAGAAGAAGCAUAAUUCGAGUAUAUACAAUGGAUACCACUUUUAGUUUGACCAUAUGCACCACCAUAUUAGGUUUGCUUCUAAUUCUAUAUUCUUUAUUCCAAAAGAAGCACGACGGCAGGGGACCACUGCCCCCGGGCCCACGGCCGUGGCCGAUCGUAGGCAACCUUCCGCAGCUGGGGCCCAAGCCUCACCAAUCGAUGGCGACUCUAGCUCAGGUUCACGGGCCCCUCAUGCACCUAAAGAUGGGGGUCGUCCACGUGGUGGUUGCCGCCUCUGCGGGAGUGGCGGAGCAGUUCUUGAAGGUGCACGAUGCCAAUUUCUCGAGCCGCCCCCCAAACUCCGGCGCAAAGUAUAUGGCUUAUAAUUACCAGGACUUGGUUUUUGCUCCGUACGGGCCGAGGUGGCGGAUGCUCCGAAAAAUUUGCACCCUCCACCUCUUCUCCACCAAAGCCUUGGAUGACUUUCGCCACGUCAGACAGGAAGAGGUGGGGAUCCUCACGCGCAGUCUAGCAAGUGCAGGAAAGACAGCGGCGAGUAUAGGCCAAAUGCUGAACGUGUGUACCACAAACGCAAUAGCGCGUGUCGUGCUGGGGAGGCGAGUGAUCGGGUACGGGUGCGGCGGCGGCGCUGAUGCCAAGGCGGAGGAGUUCAAGUCCAUGGUGGUGGAACUCAUGGUACUGGCCGGUGCGUUUAACAUAGGUGAGUUUAUCCCACCACUCGAAAGGUUUGACUUGCAAGGACUGAUCGCCAAGAUGAAGAAACUCCACGCGCGCUUUGACGCGUUCUUGACCGCAAUCCUUGAGGAGCACAAGAUCAAGGGCUCAGAUGGCACGGCGGGGGAACACGUGGACUUAUUGAGUACGUUGAUUUCCUUGAAAGAUAUUGAUGGUGAGGGAGGAAGGCUUAGUGAUGUUGAAAUCAAAGCAUUGCUUUUGAACUUAUUUGCAGCAGGUACAGACACAACAUCCAGCACAGUUGAAUGGGCUCUAGCAGAACUCAUCCGCAACCCAAAAAUGAUGGCCCAAGCCCAACAAGAGCUCGACUCGACAGUCGGUACAGACAGGCUCGUCAUCGAAUCGGACCUGCCUCAACUGACGUACCUCCAAGCCAUAAUAAAGGAGAACUUCCGCCUCCAUCCUUCGACCCCACUCUCCGUGCCGAGAAUCGCGCACGAGAGCUGCGAGAUCAACGGAUACUUUAUCCCAAAGGGCUCAACACUUCUCGUCAAUAUUUGGGCCAUAGCCCGUGAUCCUAACAUAUGGGCCGACCCGUUACAAUUUCGGCCCGACCGGUUCUUGCCGGGCGGGGAAAAGGCUGAUGUGGAUGUCAGAGGAAAUGACUUCGAAUUGAUGCCGUUUGGGUCGGGCCGUAGAAUUUGUGCGGGUUUGGGCCUGGCGGUACGUACGGUCCAAUUGUUGACCGCGACUUUAAUACAUGGUUUUGAUUUUGAAUUGGGCGAUGGAAAGUUGGGUCAUGAGCUCAACAUGGAGGAAGCCUAUGGACUAACAUUGCAACGGGCCGAGCCGUUGAUGGUUCACCCAAGGCCGAGAUUGGCGCCUCGUGUUUAUCAAGCACAAGUUUGAUCCUCAUCUCAAACCUAUGAUAUUGCAUGAAAUUCGCAUUUCACCGGAUUCUAUUUUUUUUUUUAAGUGAUGUAAUUAAAGAAAAUAUAUACAGUAAAACCUCUAUAAAUUAAUAAUAUUGGGAGCAUAAUAUUUUAUUAGUUUAAUAAGAUAUUAUUAUAUCGAAUACUUAAUAAUUUAUUAAUUUAAAGAGGUUUUACAUAUGAUCUUUAAGUCUCCAAGUCCAAUGUACUAGUUAUAAUAUAUUUGGCCGUCUUAGCUUGGAGAAAUGUGCAACAGGAGGAUAGAGCAAAUUGCUUUCGACACUGUAAAAUACGUUCGACGAAUCUAACUGGCUCAAGUGAUUUAAACUAUGUAAAUUCUAGAGAAAACAUUCGUGAGCUUGAGAACUUGAUUACAUGUAUGCAUUAUUAGCACAAAAUGGAUGUGAGUUAUUUGCUAGAUUAUCUUGUGAAAAUAAUGAAUGUCACGAGGUUUAAAGCAGUGAAGAAACUGUGGUAGAUACGAUUCAAAAUCCUGUCGAUGACGAAGUUGUGGAUAAUUCAAUAGUUUUGGAACCGGUCACUCGGAAAGAAGCAUUGCAAGCGGCAACAACUCUUGACAACUUUUUGUU